AUUAUAAUGCUUGUUUUUUCCUUCCUGGAUGUUUUAGGAAGCCCAGGUUCCUCUUGAGCUCCUUGUCCACUCAGGAUGUCAGUGGAUUAAUGAGUUAGAACUGUUUACUCGGUGUGACCGCUAGAUGUCGCUGUUUCUCAGGUUAAAUCCCCGCAUGGCUUCAGCAGCAGCAGCAGCAGCAGGUUAUAAUAAAACCCCGAGCAGUCUGGAGUGGCAGUGUAAAGCUCAGUGUAGAGAGGAGCAGAAACAUCAAACACUCUGUGCAGAAAACUCUCAGCCUCUUCUAGUCCUCUAUAUCCCUCUGUAUCCCUCUUCAUCCCUCUGUAUUCCUCUUUAUUCCUCUACACAGCUCCUCAACACCUGAGCUCAGGAUGGACUCCAGGAUGGAGGUUUACACACUUUCCUCUGUUUAAUUCCUUCAUUAAACCCUCAUCUGCCUGGAUUUAUUUCUUCCAUGUUUAAGCGUCAGCACUGAACUGAAAAUGAGUGACAUCUACGAGUCGGCCGCCACCUCGCUGGGGCUCUUUAACAGUCCCUGCCUGACUAAAGUGGAGCUGCGCGUGGCGUGUAAAGGAAUCUCGGACCGGGACGCUCUGUCCAAACCCGACCCCUGCGUCCUGCUCAAGAUGCAGUCGCACGGCCAGUGGAUCGAGGUGGACAGGACGGAGGUGAUCCGGAGCUCCAUCAACCCCACGUUCUCCAAAGUGUUCACCCUCGACUAUUACUUCGAGGAAGUGCAGCGUCUCCGCUUCGAGCUCUACGACAUCAGCAGCAGCCACAACGGCACCAAGGAGGCCGACUGCCUGGGGGCUAUGGAGUGUACACUGGGACAGAUUGUGUCCCAGAGAAAGCUGUCCAAAGCUCUGCUGAAACACAGCAACACCGUGGGCAAGUCCACCAUCAUGGUCACAGCAGAGGAACUGACGGGGAAUGAUGACUACGUAGAGCUGUCAUUCAGUGCCAGGAAACUGGAUGAUAAGGACUUUUUCAGCAAAUCAGAUCCGUUUCUGGAGAUUUACAGAGUGAACGAUGACGGAACGCAGCAGCUGGUGUACAGGACAGAGACGGUCAUGAACAACCUGAACCCAGUGUGGAAGACUUUCAAAACCUCUCUGAACUGUCUGUGCAGCGGAGAUCAUGACAGGAUACUGAAGUGCUCUGUGUGGGACUGGGACUCCAACGGCAAACACGACUUCAUCGGCGAGUUUGAAGCCACUUUUAAAGAGAUGCGCGGAGCCAUCGACGGCAAGCAGGUGCAGUGGGAGUGCAUAAACCCCAAAUAUAAAAUCAAGAAGAAGAAUUACAGGAACUCUGGGAUUGUCAUUCUGAAUCAGUGUAAGAUUAUAAAGAUGCACUCGUUCCUUGACUACAUCAUGGGCGGAUGCCAGAUCCAGUUUACAGUCGCUAUUGAUUUCACGGCGUCUAAUGGAGACCCGCGGAACAGCUGCUCUUUACACUACAUCCACCCGUACCAGCCCAACGAGUAUCUCAAAGCGCUGGUCGCUGUCGGAGAGAUCUGCCAGGAUUAUGACAGUGAUAAAAUGUUUCCGGCGUUCGGCUUCGGAGCUCGGAUUCCUCCCGACUUUAAGGUGUCACAUGACUUCGCUGUGAACUUUAAUGAAGAUAAUCCUGAAUGUGCAGGUAUACAGGGUGUAGUAGAAGCCUAUCAGAACUGCCUCCCUAAGAUCCAGCUGUACGGCCCCACCAACAUCGCCCCCAUCAUCCAGAAAGUGGCGCAGUCCGCCUCCGAGGAACUGCACGUCCGCCAGGCCAUGCAGUACUUUAUCCUCCUGAUCCUGACGGAUGGUGUGAUCACAGACAUGGCUGACACGAGGGAAGCCAUCGUUCACGCGUCUCACCUGCCCAUGUCCAUCAUCAUCGUGGGCGUGGGGAACGCAGACUUCACCGACAUGCAGAUUCUGGACGGAGACGACGGGAUCCUGCGCUCGCCCAAAGGAGAACCGGUGCUGAGGGACAUCGUCCAGUUCGUCCCCUUCCGCAACUUCAAACACGCGUCUCCUGCAGCGCUGGCCAAAAGCGUUUUAGCCGAAGUGCCCAACCAGGUGGUGGAUUAUUACAACAGCAAGGGCAUCAAACCCAAAUGCCCCAGCGAGUUCGAGUCUUCCAGGACGUUUAGCCGCUGAACUCUGAUUACAAUCUGACUACGAUCCGAUUAGGAUCUGAUUAGGAUCAGCACGUCUCUGUCAGUCUGUCGCUCGUUUGUUUGCAUGCGUGGAUGUGUAGGCUAAAGCGAAAGUGCCAACACACGCGUCCGGCGUGGAGACACGGAGACUCUGCAUGUUUCUCAGAGUUAUAACUGAUCUGUUUCUUUUUUAUGUCUAUAUUUAAACUGAGAUUUUGCUAAAUUUCGUAAAAUUCUUACAUUGUAAAGCAUUUUGGAUGGAGAUCAUUGAGAAUGUUUAGCUCUCUGUAUUAGAUACUGAAGGUCUGCACCUUGAGAUAAAACGUGGUUUUUUUUUGCACAUGAGCAAAUGCAUGAUUGUAUUUUGCAUGAUAACAUAAAUUAAUAAAACUAAAUUUCUCCAUGUUUUGGUCUAGGGAUUGGAAGUGAAGUAGGUAAGGGUGUGUCCCAAACGCUAGUGCUGGAGAGAAAAGAUCUUACUGGAAUUCAUUCUAACGAUUGUUGAGAAAACUGAAGACAAGACGCCGUAACUUUAAUAAGUUUAGCAAACAAAGUGAUAAAACGCUAAUAAUGUAACAGUGCAGCAAUUUCAGAACACAAUACAUUGCUGUUAUCAGAAACUAAUCAGCGACAGUGUGGUGUGACGUGGCCUAAAGCGAAGUGGAGUUACUGUUCCCACCCUGAAGAUGAUUAUUUUCCUGUAACAGCUCAUCUCCUGGUGUUUUAUUCCUCUUAUACCACAGCAGUUAGCAAACAAUGACACUGGAGACUCCUUCCAUAAAGUUCAAUUACAGAAAACGCCACCAUAUUAAGUUUAUGUGAAGCGUCCGCCGUACAGCUGUUGCUAUAGAAACGAUAACAUAUUAUUUUAACGUGCGCAUUAAUAUAAACCCGUGAUUUGCAGCUGCACUACUGUCAAAGCUGCUGUUCUAGAAAACUAAUCAACAUCUGACGAAUCACAAUCCAGAAUUCAGCAGCGCUGUAAAAACGUGUAAAAGCUUCACGUGCAGCUCUAUAAAUCUUUGAAUCUAAAGAGAAAAACAACAGAUAUCUAACAUUAGCUACUUUGCUAAUAAAACCUUUAUCUUGCUUUUAUAGUGGCUAGUAUGCGUCACAGAGACCCCGCCCACCAAACGAAUUUUAAUAAUACUUAAUACAGUUUACUAUAUUAUACAUGCACCAUUUUUAUAAUUCGAUUUAAUAAAUUGACAAAAUUUGGAUUAUUACGUAAAGAUAUAACUUCUGUAAUUUUUACGUGACCUCCAUUUUGAGAACAACUGGUUAAUUAAUUAAUAACAACCAAUUAAUUAGUAAUUAAUAAUCAUUUUUGAUAUUUAUAUAGCAUAUUCAGUAGGUAGCUAUGAAUUUAUAUAGCAUAUUCAGUAGGUAGCAGACUUUUGACCAUUUUACGAUGUUAAAAUUGACAGAACGCCGAAAAUAACCUUGUACAAACAUGGAGAGAAACAUCCUGAGGUCAGUUUUAGAGAAGAUUCUGUGAGUGUGAGCUUUAAGAGCGCUGACUAGCGUUUGGGACGAGGCCUGUGGUUACGCUCCUGUAUCCUCCGAUCAGUAAAAGCACAACAGAGUAACACUUUAGAAUAUUUGAUUGAGGUAGUUUAUUAGAGUUUGAUAAUAAAGUGCUAUAAACGGUGUGUGUGUGUGUGUGUGUGUGUGUGUGUCUGUGUGUGGGGAUUGUGAUGAGUGUUUUCUGAGAGUGUGGAAUAAAACUGCAUGCAUGUGGUUUACUGUAACAGACGUCAGUGUGACAUUUGUAUUCUAAAGUGUUACCUAUAUUAACUAAUGAUUAAAUCGUACUCUGGAACAUUGUAAAGUUGUUUUGUUUUAAUUUGAUUCAUUGAUUCUUUUACAAGUCUUGA